AUGCUUAAUAUUGUAUUUGAAUAUGAUAUUAACAGAAAAUGGGACAAGUUUUUGGCACUUUUUUAUUUUCAGGAAGAGGCUGGAUUGCGGGUUUUGAAACCUUAUUGGAAUGAUUUUUUCAAAGCUGCCUUGAGACAUCAGUUCAACAACCCCAGUAUUUUGAAGAUUCUUGGUAAAGUUGUGGGUGCUGUAGAUGCAGAAAAAGGGGAAGAGACUGGAAUGAUGCCAUUAUCAGCUGUAUAUGAAAUGAUUGUGAGUCACUCCCAGUUUUUGCCAACGUUGCUUCAUGAAGAUCCUGAUAACCAGACCAAAGACUGCUUAGUUGACUUGAUGCUGUCCCUGGUGCAGAGGAAUGGCACCUGUUGUAAAACUGAUCACAUAGUUGUCUUGCUGGGUGCCUAUUCUGCAACUCUUAAAACAGUGGAUCAGAAAUUACUGCAGCUAAUGCACAUUUAUGAAGAGAACCAAGCUUCACUUAAGGAUUUCAAACCCUACCUCUGGGGCACCAAGGCCAUUGAGCAUCAUUCUAUUAAGAAGAGCCUGGGAACAUCAUUGUUCAAGCAGGCUACAGUUGAGCAGGUUCUGGAGUCUCUUGAUGUGGACAUGAUGCAUCGGUCUGCUCUAAACUUUCCUCUUCGCAGGAAAUUACAGCCUUUAGAAGUGCAUGGUGAGUCGGAUGGUGAGCCCCAUGCAGCACAGUAUGACCCAGCCUUCCUGCUACCUGUCUUCAGCAACCUUUUGGGACCUGAGAAUCUAGUCAACUGUCGGAAGUUUGUGGAAACCAACUGUUUAGGUUUUACCUUCUGUGCACUCAGUAGCCAUGAUCCAGCAAUGAGAAGUGCUGCUUACCAUGUGCUCAUGUUGCUCUAUCAGCAGCUGGAAGGGGCAAAGUUUUACGAAAGGAAUCAGGUUCUCUAUGUGCUUGACUGUGUACGAAACAGUGUAGAAACACCAAAUGCCAAGCUUUGCUGUAUGAUUUGUGUGUUUCUAGCCAAAACAGUCCAGUUGCUUCUCCACCCAGAUGAGCAUAUGUACCAAAUUAUCAACUCAUUUAUGCUUCUGAAGCCAACUUUGGAUAUCCUGAAUGUGCCAGAGUUUUACAAACUCUUCAACAGCUCUGCCUUUGAGUACAAAGUGGAGCGUGCUUGGAUUCUGCAGCUUUUGGCUGAUGGACUGAGAGAAACGGCUGACUACAGAUUAUGUGAGAAGAGAUACAUUUUCAAACUAUUGCUCAGUUUCCAUGACUCUGCUAUUAGUGACCAGGCAAUGCAGGCUAACAUUUUGAAGAUCAUUCAUGCUGCAUGCAAAGUAAGAUCUGUAGCCCAAGACUUGGUUAAAUCACACGGUCUACUUUCUUGGUUAUCAGGCAUAGUUAAAGACAGCAAUCCCACCAGACAAAUUCAGCUAGUGGACAUUGUGUACACCCUGUGGAUGACCAUCUUGAACAGGAGAGAUGAGAUGCAAGUAAAGCCAGAUGGAAGCUCCAAAACCUGCCUUCCUGCAGCCUUCACCAGUGAGGUGCUAAUUGUGCUAUUGCACCUUCUGCAGAAUUUCAGGAUUGAUGAUGACCCAGAAACACUAUUGAAGUACCUACAAACUCUUAUGUCAGUGCUUAACCACCAGAGAGCAACAUGUGAGCAGUAUGCAUCCAAUCAAUACCACCUUACAGUAGUCAAAAUAGAAUCACAUCAUGUUCUAAAGUUACUUCAGGUUUGGGGAAAGUAUAAUAAAGAGGAACCUUCAGAAUAUCUUGAAGCUAAGCACCCAUUCCAUUUAGACUCUGUAGAUGUAACUUGUACCAGUGGAGUUCAGGAAGGCCUGAGGGGAGAUUUAAUCCAGCACUGCAGGGAUUGCAUUGUGGGUAUUAUAGAACACUUUUCUCCCAUUGAUGACAAGACCUACAAUGUUACGGCAACUGUGAUUACUUGGCUGUUGAGGCAAAUGAACACAUCAUUCAGAAGUCUUCUAACCAACAUGGAAGAACAGCAGUUGGUGCUUGGUGUUGAGGAAACUGUUGAGUCUCACAUCUGCACAUUCUGUACACAGUUACUCUCAGUCUUGAAGUGGAUUGGGUGUAUUGCACAGAAAGGAGCCAUUGUGCUGCCAAAAACCACUCUGCUGGUAAAGCAACUUUCUGGAGUAUACGAUACUAUCUACAGGGUGAAUGGAUGUUUAAGUUUGCUUCAAAAUUCCAAGGAAUCUCAAAUCGCUAUCAAGGAUUGUGUGGCAUUAUUGAAUAGUGCACUCACCUCUCUUGUGGAGCCCUCAGUGGAAAGGUACCAGUUGGAAAUAGAUAAUGAAGAGAGGUCAGUUGUCAUAAGAAGAAACAUACUCGGAGGGAAAUAUGACCCACUUGAGACUGUGAACUUAGCCCAUAGCAUUGAAACUGGAGCAAAGAAAUUGAAAGCAUCUUCAAAGAAUUCUUCCAAUAAAUUAUAGUCAGUGUAUCAGCUUAAAAGCAAAACCUCAAUAAGGCAAAAGGGAAAUCAAUUACAAUUUUAAAGUUAUUCUGUUAAAUGCGAUUAACAAUUGAUCAUUAUUUGUGUGAAAGAAUCACACAAAGUUUUACAUCAUGGUAAAAAGUAAAUGGGAUGAAUGUAACCUCCAAUAAUCUCUCAAUGUUAUCACAGAUCCUGUGACUAAAAUUUGAAAACUACUUCUUCCUUGGAGAUGAACCUAAUUUAGGUUUUAAGACAUUUUUGCUUGGUUUUGGGUUUAUUGUGGAUUUUCGACCUGUCGAGAGUUUAUGUCCACUUUUCUCUGGAGGCACUUCUGCAGUUGGAAUGGAAACCAAUAACUUGGCAGCCUGCUGUAGAGAUUCAGCUUGUAAUUCAAGCUUAUCUGGAAGCAAUAGAAGUUGAUGUAUGUCUGAUGCACUGAAUAUGUAUCUCUUGAAGAAGUAAUA